CAUUUUUCUUCGUUUCCUUUGCGGUGGAGAGGGCUCCAGAAAGUGAAGAAAAGGGUUCAUUCAUGCAUUGGGUUGACCUUCAGCUGCUCCUCGAUCCCACAAGAUUUUUCUGUGGCAGUUGUUCUUUAAUUAUUAGGUGGUUCCCAGCCUCAUUAAAAAUCCCCAACUUCGCUGAACAUGAGUCUUCCACUCAACAAGCAGCCUCUCUAGCCACCGCCCAAUUCUUGGAUUCAUCAUGAAUCAACUAAAAGGGUAUCUCAUCGUAUCGCUUCUCUUCCUGGUUUUCCACUUCUGCAUAUCUAUUGACACCAUAGCUCCACUACAGUUCAUCAAAGAUGGUGAUGUUUUAGUCUCUAAAGGUGAACGUUUCGCACUUGGUUUCUUCAGCCCAGCCACUUCUACUCGUCGCUACGUCGGUAUUUGGUAUAAUAAAGUUUCACAACAAACCGUUGUCUGGGUGGCCAAUAGAGAUAAUCCGAUCAAUGAUACCUCCGGUGUACUCACUAUCAACCGUCAAGGUAACCUUGUACUGUACGAGAAAAACCAGACAAUUCCUCUUUGGUCCGCCAAUUUCUCUACAGCAACAAAUAAUUCCAUGGCUCAGCUCCAGGAUUCGGGAAAUCUUGUUCUGCUUCAACGAGAUACACAGAGGAUCUUAUGGCAAAGCUUUGAUUAUCCUACAGAUACCUUGCUUCCUUACAUGAAGCUUGGAUUGAAUAAAAGAACUGGCAAGAGUUGGGUUCUUGCUUCUUGGAAAUCAAAGGAUGAUCCUGGAACUGGUGACAUUGUCUAUAAAAUUGAUCCAACUGGGGUUCCUCAGUUGUUUCUUUACAAGGGUCCUCUCCGGUGGUGGCGAGGCGGGCCAUGGACUGGAGAACGAUGGAGCGGAGUACCUGAGAUGACACGUAGUUACAUCUUUAAUGUUAGUUUUGUCAACAACGAAGAUGAAGUAUCUAUUGUGUAUGGUGUGACUAAUCCCUCAAUCGUCUCGAGAAUGAUGGUCAAUGAAUCAGGAAACGUUCAAAGGGCCACGUGGAAUGAACGAGACCGCAGGUGGAUCGGGUUCUGGUCCGCCCCGAAAGAACAAUGUGAUAACUAUGGCGAAUGUGGAGCCAACAGUAACUGCGAUCCAUAUGAACCAGACAAUUUCAUAUGCAAGUGUUUGCCAGGAUACGAACCAAAGUCACAGCGAGAUUGGUACUUGAGAGAUGGAUCAGGUGGCUGCAUCAGGAAAGCCGGCGUGUCCACGUGUGGAGCUGGGGAAGGGUUCGUGAAGAUGGAACGUGUAAGAGUUCCAGACACGACACAGGCACGUGCAGACAUGAGCAUGAGCUUGAAGGCGUGUGAGCUGGAGUGCUUGAAGAAUUGUUCAUGCACGGCUUACACAAGUGCAGACGAGAGAGGGCUUGGGUGCUUGAGAUGGUUCGGAAAUUUGGUUGAUACAAGAACAUAUUCCAGUGAGGGACAGGACAUAUAUGUUCGUGUGGACGCAGCUGAGUUAGCCAAAUAUGUUAAAUCAAAAGGUCCUCUUGCCAAGAAGGGAAUGCUUGCAAUGCUGAUAUUGUCUAUUAUUGCUGCAACUUUAUUUCUUCUACUCUUCCCAGCAUGCUGUUUCAUACAAAGGAAGAGAAAAGCUAAAGACAGACGCAGCAAAUCUAUGUUUAACUUUGAAGAUUCUCAAAGUGCAAAGGGGAGUAAUGAAGUUGGGAUUUCUGAUUUACCAUGCUUUGAUCUCAGUACCAUAGCUGCAGCUACUGAUAAUUUCUCAGAUGCCAACAAGCUUGGAGAGGGUGGUUUUGGCUCUGUCUAUAAGGGUCUGCUGGAUGGUGCGCAUGAAAUAGCAGUUAAAAGACUGUCAAAAUAUUCUGGCCAAGGGAAUGAAGAGUUCAAGAAUGAAGUCACUUUAAUCGCGAAACUCCAACACAGGAACCUCGUAAGAGUCUUAGGUUAUUGCAUCCAAGAACGAGAGAAGAUGUUGAUCUAUGAAUUCCUACCAAACAAAAGCUUGGAUUCUUUUAUUUUCGAUGAAAAUAAAAGAUCGUCCUUAGAUUGGUCGACUCGACACAAUAUUAUUUGUGGGAUUGCUAGAGGGAUUUUGUAUCUUCAUCAAGACUCGAGAUUAAGAAUCAUCCAUAGAGAUCUCAAAGCAAGCAACGUCCUGCUAGAUGCAUCAAUGAAUCCAAAAAUAUCAGAUUUUGGUAUGGCUAGGAUAUUCGGAAUUAAUCAAAUCGAAGCAAACACAAAUCGUGUUGUUGGAACAUAUGGUUAUAUGUCGCCAGAAUAUGCAAUGCAAGGCCUAUUUUCAGUAAAAUCGGACGUAUAUAGUUUCGGAGUUCUACUCCUAGAGAUACUCACCGGUAGAAAAAACAGCAGCUAUUAUGACGAGACUACUUCUUCAAAUUUGGUUGGAUAUGUUUGGGAUCUAUGGAGAGAAGGAAGGUCGUUGGAAAUAGUUGAUUUAACGUUGGGAGACUCUUACCCUGAACACGAAGUACUGAAAUGUAUCCAAAUAGGAUUAUUGUGUGUGCAAGAAUCUGCAGCAGAUCGGCCGACAAUGUCUGCUGUUGUCUUCAUGUUGAGUAAUGAUCCAAUUCUUCCAUCUCCGAAACAACCUGCAUUCAUUAUGAAGAGAACUUACAAUAGUGGAGACCCUUCAACUGGAGCUAAUUCUGUAAAUGAAGUCACUGUCACUUUGCUUGAACCUCGCUAGCUAGACUCCUAAAUUCUACCAUCUAGUUAUUUUACACUUAGAAAAUUUUAUCUAAA